AGCUUGUAAGGCCAUUUCGCCUGUCCGUGGCCGAUCGUCUGCACUGCACCCGUCAGCGUGUUGCUGCAAUCCUGGGUCCUGGCGUCACAUCAGCUUAGUUCGUUUUUCGUCAUUUUCUGCGUCGCUCCGUCGCGUUAUCCGUUUUGGCACGAACGUUGCAAUGCUCCCAUUCGUGCAAACUCGUACUCGCUUUCCAAGACCCGCGUCCUCUCGUGAAGCUGGGUGUUUCUGUUAACUCGUUUUGCACCGUCGUUUGUCAAUCGACGGUUCAGGAGCUACGCUAUUUCGCCGACUCCAUAGCUGACCCUAGGCUUCUCCAACGGCACCUAAAGCUCCGUCUGAUGGGGAACACCUUCGCGAUAUGAAAUGCUGCAAUCCGGAGGACUGCCACGUCAGCACUGGCAUUGCCACGCAUUGUUGCUGCUGCCAACAUAUUCGUCUUCGCUCCGGAAAUCCUCCCGCCGAAACUUCUCCUCGCCCUCCACCUCCUCAUCCUGAAAACGCUACGAUGACGUCAUCAUCGGUGUCGUCGACCCCUAGGUCCGGCGUGUUUCAACAUCCCUUCCGCAGCCCUCAGGUCAACAUCUUCUCCCGGACCUUCCGCAGCAGUCCGCAGCUCAACCCCUUCUCCCGAACCUUCAGCAGCAGCCCUGCGAGCAGCAGCGUCAUCUCGACUCGUUACAAGCGGUCUCGCCGACGAUGGAACACGGUCUCGCAUAUCCUCCCGUUAUCAUGUUUCGGUAAUGAGGAUAUGACAUUAGACGACGAUCCUCCACCACCUGACGAAACCCCCACGCCUACUAGGUCCGGCACGCCCAGGUCUGGCACGCCUAGGUCCGGUAGGUCUUGGUUCGGCGCGUCUAGGUCCGGCACCAAAGCUGAUCCCGUCCCCGAACUUGUAUUAGAGCUUCGGGAACGAGGCUGCGCUUCCGAACCUCCUCCUCCUGGGACAGAGAUAGCGAAAGGUUUGAGUUCAGCGAGUAGGGAUGUGGAAGUAACGAGUAACUAUGUUGGGGUAACGGGUAACCAUGUUGGAGUAACAGGCGAAACGAUGGCUGAGACAUGGGUUUCGGGGAGUAAAGGGGAAGGCAGGCGGGACGACGAGGCGGAGGGGAAUGGGACUGCUACGCCAGGCGUGUCGAGCUCGGAGCUUGAACGCUCGGGGAUAGGGGCGUUACGGGUGCAAGCAGGGGAAGCGGAAGCAGGGGAAGCGGAAGCAGGGGAAGCGGAAGUGUCACUUGCUACUCCAGGGUUGUUGAGUUCAGAGGUUGAACGCUCGGGGAUGGGGGUGUUGCGCGCGCACGAAGGCGGCGCGGAAGAGCCACAGGCGGAAGCAGGGGGCGCGGAAGCGUCACUUGCGGAAGCAGGGGAUGGGGAACCGUUACACGGGGGAGCACGGGAAGCGGAAGCACCACGGGCGGAAGCAGGAGAAGCGGUAACGGCACAGAAGGAAGCAGGGGAAACGGAAACGCUACAGGGGAGAGAAGGGGAAGCGGAAACGCCACGGGCGGAAGCAGAGAACGCGGAAACGCCAGAGACGGAAGCAGGGGAAACGGAGGCGCUACAGGGGGAAGCAGGGGAAGUGGAAAUGCCACAGGCGGAAGCGGGGGACGCAGGAACACCACAGGCGGAAGCAGGAGAAGCGGAAACACCACAGGCGGAAGCUGAUGAUGAUGUCGGUGGUGGUGCUGCUGCUGCUGAUGGUGCUGAUGCUGCUACUGCUGCUGAAGGUUCUGCGUUUGCUGCUGCUGCUACUGCUUCUGCUUCUGCUGCUGCUGCUGCUGCUGCUGCUGCUGCUCCGGUAGCUGAUGACGUGGCUAAGGCUGUGGCAGUUGAAACUUGUCAAAUUUCAAUCACACCAGCAGGCGAAGCAGCAGCCUUUCGUACAGAAAGCACUGUAGCUCUAGAGGUAGGUACGCCUGUAGAUGUCGAGUUGGAUGAAACGGUACCAUCUGUUCCGAACGACACUGCAGCUGUAGCUUUAAACGAGAGUGAAUCUGUGGUUAUAGGCGAGAGUGCAGUUACCGAAGAGAGUGCUUCUGUAGCUGUCGAAGCGGGCAAACCUGUGGCAUCUGCUCCAGGUGGCGCGGUGACAACGGUUGUAGGUUUAGAAGAGAAUGCAGCAGAACGAGAGGGAUGGGUCGGACGUGCAGUUGCCAAAGAGAGUGAUUCUGCGGCUGUCGAAGCGGGCAAACCUGUGGCAUCUGCUAUGGGUGGCGCGGUGGCAAAGGUUGCAGGUUUAGAAGGGAGUGCAGCAGAACGAGAGGGAUGGGUCGGACGUGCAGUUGCCAAAGAGAGUGAUUCUGUAGCUGUUGAAGAGAAUGAUUCUCUAGCGGUUGAAUUGAGCGCAGCAGAAGGAGAGGGAUGGAUGGAUGGGAUGGAGAGGAACGGGUUGGGGCUUAACCGGAGCUCGUUCUCUCCUUCUCCUCCUCCCCCUCUUGGUGCACCUUCACGCUCGGUACAAUCACACCCCACAGACUCGAUUUCUCCUGAGCCGCGCGUGCCGCAUGCACACACGCACCCGUCUCAUUACCUAUCCCAAACGCUAGACGCACCAUCCCCAGAGCCGCGUGUGCCGCACUCACACACGCACCCUCCUCAUCACCCUUUCCAGAUGCCAGACUCGCCCUCCCCUGAGCCGCGCGUGCCACACUCCCACACGCACCCACCUCGCCAGCAGCCCCCAACCUUCCACUCCCAGAUCUCUCUCUCCCUAUCAGACGCUAUUCCCGUCUCCUCCCCCGUUUCCGCCUCCUUCCCUGCUCCCGCCUCCUCCCCUCCUGCUCGCAAUGCUCUUACCAAUCUUUCCGUGCCUUUUGAGCCGGUUCAGAAGUCUCCCUCUCCCUCUCCCUCUCCCAUCUCCCCUGUGUCUUCGCAACGCCGUUCUGAACCUCCCCCUCGCCACCCCCCUCGUUUUAAUCCCUCUGCGAACCCCGCUUCCCUGCAGCCGCAAACCCCCGUUAUAGGAACGUUCUCCUGGGGAGCGACUUAUAGCGGAUUCCGCCCGCCAGUGGCCCCCUCUAGGGGGGCGCGCACCCCCACUUCCGCUGGGGAGCUGGGAGGGGGAGAGGGGGGGAGGGGAGAUCGGGAGCGAGGAGGGGAGGGAGGAAGAGGAGAGGGGGGCAAGCUAGCUUCUGGGGGAGGGGGUAGUCUGAGUGAUAGGAUCAGGUCGAAAAGAGAGGGAAGAAGACGCGGGAGUGGAGGAGGUGACAGGGACCCGUCGGGCGAAGAGGAAGGGGAUGGGGAAAUCGAAGGGAGCGCAGCAGAGGCACAAGGCCCAUAUUUAUCAGUAGCUGGGGAGGAUGGCGAGGGGAAUUUACCCUGGAAAUCGGGCGAUCCUGAGUCAGAGCGCACUCCAAGGUCCAACUCCCUCCCAAACGCCUGCUCCCCUUUCGCGCUGCUCAUCCCGUCAGAAAUCAACAGCCCGAAAUGGGGGGUGGGCAGGGGCUUUGGCAGCACGCACGGCAGCAGUGGGCAUGGCAGCAGCAGUAGCAACAGGCAGUCCAGGUACGGCAGGGCUCAGGAUCAAACUCAGGGGCAAAUUCAGGGUGAGGACCGGCCUGGGAGCAGUCACAGCUGGUACAGCCCGGGCGGCAGCAGCAGCCGCCGCCGCCCGGCUACAGCCGGGCCGCUGGGGGAUGCGGACUCGGCUACAGCUGGCACCCCUACAGCCGAAACCGCUGUAGCAGGCACCCCUACAGCUGGCACCCCCACUGCUAUCACCCCCACGUUUGGCAGAAGGCUUCGCAGGCAACGGGGCCCAUCGUUCGGGGCGUCUAACGCAUCAGCGGAUAGGGAUAGGCCAGGGUCUGGUAGGAAGCGGUCCCAGGACGGUAGCCCGGGUAAUUCGGCUGCGGCUGCUGCUGCUGCUGCUGCUAGUGCUGCCGCUGCUGGUGCUGCCGCUGGUGCUGGUGCUGGUGGUGUUAAAAAAAGGGGCUUUGAUCAUGAUUCUGGGGAGGCAAGGGAGGAGGAGGAGGAUGGAGAGGAUGUGGCGCAGGAAGGGAUGCUGUGGGAGCAGCUAGAGGAAAAAUACCAGGAGCCGCUUUCUGCUGAGGCUGCUGCUGCCGCUGCCGCUGCUGCCGCCGCCGCUGCUGCUGCUGCUGCUGGGGCUGCUGCUUCUGGUGGUGUAAAUCCCAACACACCCUCCCCUACAGCAGCGUCGCCCUCGCUUGCCAUGGCUCUAACCCGUAGCAUGUCGCUCUCUCGGAACAGGGGCCUCUCACGAGGCAUGUCUAUGGUCAGCAGCCGCGGGGCUGGCAGGGACGCAGGGGACGGGGGUGAGGUGGGCAGUGGCACGGGGGAAGGGGAAAGUCACAGGCCUGGAAGCAGCAGGCAGGGGAGAUCGGUAGGGCGAGCGGGGCUGCCUAAGCCCAAGAAGAAGAGGUGGAUGAAGAGGGAAGUGAAGAAGGAAGAGAAUAAGGAAGAGAAGGAGGAGAGGCAGGAGGAGAAGCAGGAGUCUGGAGCGGAGGAAACAGGGCAAGGGCAAGGAAAGGGUGGGGAGGGUGGGGAGGGUACGGAGAGUGGGGAGGAGGGGAGGAAGAAGUGGUGGGAGUCGAAUCUACAGGUGACGGCUGAAGAUCCGGAGGAAGAGAGGAGGAAUGAAGAGGUGAGGAGGAUUCUGGGUAGCUUGGGAGGAGGGGAGGGAGGAGGAGAAGGAGCAGGAGGAGGUGGUGGGGGAGGGAUGGAAGAGGAGGAGAAGCGGCCGACUAUGGCAAUGAUGUUUCAGAGAUCCAUAAGCCUGAGACUUGCCCCGGGGGAGAGGCUAGGAGGAGGGAGAAGAGGAGGUGGUGGAGAGGGGUUGGGAGGUAUAGAUAUUUUCAGGAAGCAGGUUACGCUGAGGGGUAGGCCUGAAAGGAUAGAGGAGGAGCAGGAGGAUUUGGAGAUGGGUGGAGAGCGGUUGGGAUUCAUGAGCUUGAGGAAGCAGGUCACGUUGAGGGGAGACGGGAGGAGAGCAGUACUGGGGUUUAAGAGCCUUGCUGCGGCGGUUUCAGCACUGGUGGGAGGGGGGGGGAGGGAAGGGAAGCAGCAGAGGGAGGAGGCUAAGGUUGGGGAGCUUCAGGGGCAACAAGAGGAGGGUCGGAAGGAGGAGGAGGAGGAGAGUGACGAUGGGGAGAAGGAAGAGGUGGGGGAGGAGGAAGGGAAGGAAGGGAAGGAAGGGAAGGGAGAAAAGGAAGGGGGGGCAGGACAGGAACGGGAGACCGGAUUCUCAGGGAUUAAGGAGGAGGAGGAGGAAGUGGGGGAUGAGAUAGAAGAGGAGGAUACUGAGGAUGGCAAUCUGGGUGGUAACCAGCAGGUUCGGGGCCGUGGGUUCUUCCGAUCCUGCUCGGUAGCUUCGGCACCGGAUGACCAGGGGGCAGCGGAGCGAGUUUGGCUUGUACGAGCCUCUUUGCUAGGCUUGGCCGAGGCUGAUGCUGAUGCUGAUGCUGGUGCUAGUGCUGGUGCUGGUGCUGGUGCUGGUGCUGGGGCUGGGGCUGGUGCUGGUGCUGGUGCUGGGGCUGGUGCUGGUGCUGGUGCUGGUGCUGGUGCUGGGGCUGGUGCUGGUGCUGGUGCUGGUGCUGGUGCUGGUGCUGGUGCUGGUGCUGGUGCUGGUGCUGGUGCUGGUGCUGGUGCUGGUGCUGGUGCUGGGGCUGGUGCUGGUGCUGGUGCUGGUGCUGGUGCUGGUGCUGGUGUUGGUGUUGGUGCUGGUGCUGGUGCUGGUGCUGGUGCUGGUGCUGGUGCUGGUGCUGGUGCUGGUGCUGGUUCUGGUGCUGAUGCUGAUGGGGUGAGGGAUACGGGAGAGGAAGGAGAGGCAAAGCCGACAGAUGGAGAAGCAGGAGGGGGGGCAGCAAGGGGAGAUCUCACUCCCUCACUUACUCCCUCACUCACUCCCACACUCACUCCCACACUCACUCCCACACUCACUCCCACACUCACUCCCACACUCACUCCCUCACUCACUCCCCCUCUCACUCCCCCGCGCACUCCCCUGCGCACUCCAGUGAUCACUCCCAGCACCAGUGCCAGGUUGACUGGCGUUGACUCGGCCACACUCGCCCAAGGGGCUGCUUUUGAGUCCACUCAAGCGUUGACUGGCGUUGACUCGACUCAACCGUUGACUGGCGUUGGCGUUGCUGAUGAUUCCCCAAUGGUGGAUGGUGAAACAGAGGAGGAGCAGCAGCAGCAGAAGCAGCAGCAGCAGCAGGGAGAGGGGUUGGAGGUGGGGCAGCAGAGAACAGAGCCAGUGCAGCGGCUUCUAGUGAGGCACCAUUCCUUGAGCGGGAACGCAAUGGAGGCUGUUGAUGGGAAGAAGCUGAUAGGUAUGGAUGUGGGCCUUGGCGUGGGCGUGGGCGUGGAAGGGAAAAACGCCAGCAGAAAUACCAGCAAUGACAACACCCCCAUCACCAGCAAUACUGCCAUCAGCAGCAGCCAGCCGGCUCUGCUGCGCACUAGCACCGAGAGAAUUGUCCGCUCCACUCGGAGUCUAAGUGCCCAGAGGUACCUCUCACCCUCCUCGUUCCGAACCCGAGCAGGGGCAGCAGGGGAGGCAGGAGCAGCAGCAAGGGCGGCGGGAGAAGCAGGGGUGGCAGGAGGAGAGGAGAAGGGGUAUGGCAGCGGGGGUGACUGGGAGGGUAGCAGUGGGGGUGUGGUUAGGGCGAGGGGAGGGGGCGGGGCGGCAGGGGUGUCGUUCUACUCGUUUGAUAAGCACAGAGAGGGGUUGGCUGCGAUGGAGAGGAAAAAGAGGGGGUGGAGGGGGGCGGAGAGGAGGGGGGCUGUUGGGGGGGCGGAGAGGGAGGGGGCUGAGGGGAGGGGGCCUGAGAGUUGGGGGGAUGUUGAGGGGGCUGAGAGGUGGGAGGCUGAUGGGAGGGGCGCUGAGAGGUGGGAGGCUGAUGGGAGGGGCGCUGAGAGGUGGGAGGCUGAUGGGAGGGGCGCUGAGAGGUGGGAGGCUGAUGGGAGGGGCGCUGAGAGGUGGGAGGCUGAUGGGAGGGGCGCUGAGAGGUGGGAGGAAGGGCCGGAGUUUGCCCACACUCGUGACAGGUGGGAGGAGGCUGAUGAUCAGUUUGAGGGGCAAGUUCUGGGGCACCAACCGCAGCAGUAUGAGCGUGAGGAGCAGGUUUUGGGGCACCAACCGCAGCUGUAUGGGGAGCAAUACGAGGAGCCGUAUGCAGAGGAGUAUGAAGAGCGAGUGUACUUUGAAGAACGGGGUCGGCAGGGACGGCAGGGCCAGCAGGGGGGGCAGGUGUAUGAGGGAGAGUACGAGGAGGAACAGUAUGGGCAGCUGGCGUUUGAGGAGCAGGGGUACGGAAGGGAGUAUGAAGAGGAGCGUGAGGAGGAGGAGGAGGGAAGGGACGAUUUCGUGGACGAUGAGGAGUUUCAUGAGUUGAUCGAUUACAGUGAUGCUGCUGGUGCGGGCGCUGCUGGUGCGGGCGCUGCUGUUGCGGGCGCUGCUAGUGCGGGCGUUGCUGGUGCGGGCGCUGCUGGUGCGGGCGUUGCUGGUGCGGGCGUUGCUGGUGCAGGCGGUGCUGGUGAUGACGAUAGGCAUGUCGUUACGCCUCAAGGCAGGUCCAAACGGCACCAGAGUCGCUCCCCACACCAACGGGUACUCUCCCCCCACUCUCCCCAGCAAUUGCUGCACUCCCCCCACUACCCUCAGCAGCUGGUACACUCCCCUCACUCCCCUUCUCCCCCCGGCUCCCAAUUCUCGCCCCGAAGCCCCGCACUCUCCCCAAGUCCCCAUACCAGCUCGGCCCGUGCUUACCGAGCCAGUUUUGGCUCGGAAAACACUGUACCUCGGCCGCAGGCUCGGGGGAGCAUGUACAGGGCUGGUUCGGUAAGUGGUUCGGAAGAGGAGGAGGUGGAAGGAGAGGAGGGGUCUGGUAAUAUUUAUAGCAAGAGGUUAGAAAGGGGUGAGGAUGAAAGGAGAGGAUAUGGUGAGGGGGAGGGUAGGGGAGUGAGUGGGGAAGGGAAGAGGGGAAGUGGAAUUCUCAGGUCACUUUCUCGCUCAAAACUUGCUCAAUCCUCCAGUUUUUCGGGCACAGUGGAGGAAGUCAGCUCGGGCAGGCUGCAGGGAUUUGGGCCUGACAGAUUGAGUGGUGCUGUUGGGUCAAGUAGCUUUGGCAGGGCAGGUGCAGGGGCCGUGGACCGGACAGACUCAGGUGAAUUCAACAGAGGGGGUUCAGGUAGAUUCACCAGGGUAGACUCAGGUGAAAUCAACAGAGGUGCAGAUUUGUUCAACAGAGUAGGUUCAGGUGAAUUCAACAGAGGAGGAUCAGGUAGACUAGAAGGGUAUGACAUGGAAGGUGAUUAUAUCGAAGGGGAUGAUAUGGAAGAGAAGGAGGAUUCCCUGAUGAUAUUGCAGGCUGAAAUGGUUUCUGGCUCUCAUGUAAGAGGAGGGAGGGCGAGGGAGCAGGAGGGGGAGCGAGAGAGGGACAGGGAGGGGGAAGGCCAGAGGGGAGUGGGGAGGCAGAGGGGGCGAAGUGGCGAGUUGACUGAGAUGCAUUGGGGCUAUGAGGAGGAAAUGCAGGGGCAUGGGGAUGACAGCGAUGGCUAUGGCAGUGACGCCAGGCGAUCGUCUGCUUACUCAGUGCGGCAGCAGCAGCAGCAGCAGCAGCAGCAACAGCAGCAGCAGCAGCAGCAGCAGCAGCAGCAGCGGCUUCCCGUUCGUCGCAGCCAAACGGAGAGAACGCGGCCCGUGCUACCCCGUCCCGCCCUUGAGGCACCUCAAAGGUCACCUCACAGGCAGCAGACUCGCCCUGCGCCUUCUGGGAGGGGCGUUGGUGGUGGUGGUGGGAGGGCAGCAGCAGCCGUGUUUAAGGGGGCAGCAGCGGGAGCAGCAGCCUCGUUCCCCCGUGCUAGCUCUUUGGACGCAAACACUGACAAACAUCCAGCAGCAGCAGCGGCAGGAUCAGCAGCAGCAGGGGCAGCAGCAGCGGCAGGAGCAGAGGGAGCACCCCAAACCUUUGGCCGCAGCUUCACUGAUAGGAUGCGGCCCGUGCCCCACCCUCGUGCUCCUGGCUUCUCUGCUAGAGAGUGGUUAUCAGGCGAAGCAGAGGCAAGAGGGCCAGAGGCCCGAGGGCUAGAGACCCAGAGGUCCCCAUACCAGCCCAGAGGUCCCCAGCAGUUUCAGCGCAGCUUUACCGAUAGGAGAAGGCCUGUACUUGCUGCUGCUCCUCCUGCUGUUUCUGCUGCUCCUCGUGUGUCUGCACGAGAGUGGCUAGCAGGCGAUUCCCGGCAGAGUGACCCGCAGCAGUUUCAGCGCAGCUUUACGGACAGGAGGAGACCUGUCCUUACUGCUGCUCCUCCUGCUGUUUCUGGUGUUCCUCGUGUGUCUGCACGAGAGUGGCUAGCAGGUGAAGCAGCACCAGCAGCGGUCGGCACAGGGAGUUUCCACCCCACCCACCCCAGCGAUCCCCGGCAGUUUCAGCGCAGCUUUACCGAUAGAAGACACGUCGUUCUUGCCCCCCCUCCUGCUGCUGCUGCUCCUGUUUCUGCUGCUCCUCGUGUGUCGGCUAGAGAGUGGUUGGCAGGAGAAGCACCAGCAGCAGGUAACCCAGCAGCAUACCACCCCCACCCGAGCGACCCCCGGCAGUUUCAGCGGAGCUUUACCGAUAGACGUAGGCCCGCCCCCCCUCCUGCUCCUGCUCCUCCUGUGAUCUCAGCGAAGGAUUGGAUCGCCGGGGCAAGAGUGGGGUUGAAGGGAGGAAGGGAGAGAGGAGGAGGAGGAAGGGGGGGUGGGAUAGGAGGUAAAAGGCUGGUAGGGGGCCGGAGGCUGCAGAAGCAGAUGUCGGAAAAAACAUUGGAGAAUGUGGGGCGGAGGGGGUGGGGGAGUGGUGGGGAGGAGCAGGGUGCUGACUGGUGGGGUGAUGCUGGUUAUAGAUCUAAUGCUGCUUUUGGCAGCAUUGCUGGUGUCGCUGGUGGUGGUGGCAUUGCUACCGGUGCGUACGAUAACCUGAUGGGCCGUGACAUCCGGGGAAGUCGGAGUGCUGCUGGUGCAGGUGCCUAUGAUAACCUGGUGCCUCGUGCGGACUCACCAGAGAGACGCGGAACGCGCAGCGGAGUGCGCAGCUUAUCGCGGCAUAACUCCCUUGGGGGCCGGGACAUGCCGUCCUUUCCCCGCACUGACUCAUUCGAUAAGCGAGGGACAGACAAGGGAGCAGGCAAGGGGGCAGAGCGCGGCUUAGCCCGGCAUGAUUCCCUUCGGGGCCGGGACGUCCCGGGCCUCUUGCGUAACGACUCUCUGACGAGGCGCCGGCCGGACGAGUUACCACGUAACGACUCCAUGCGAGCUCGUAGGCCAGACGGCCUGCCACGAAACGAUUCCCGAGGCCGGCGCGGAGCGGAGCCUCUACUGCGCAACGAUUCUCUUGGUAGGGGUGCAGCUGCUGCUGGUGCUGCUGCUGGUGGGGCUACCAUCACUGGUGCUGCCUAUGCAGCUGCGGCGGCUAUGGCAGGUGGUGCUGGUAGCGCUGGCUUUGAUCGGAGUGACUCCCUGAAGAGGGCAGGUGUGCCUCGCAGUGAUUCCUUGUCCAAAACGCGACUCGCUGGUGCUAGUGCUGGUGGUGGCGGCGGUGGUGGUGGUGGUGGUGGUGGUGUUGGUGUUGGUGUUGCUGCUGGUAACUUGUCUCGUGACGACUCGCUUGGAAGCGGUGACUUCAGGAGCAUGGCUCGUAUGGGCUCUCUGGAGAAUAGGAGCUUUGGGCGCAGUGCUAGCGGUGCUGGGAGUGUUGGGCUCAGCAGCAAUGAUUCGCUGGGACGCGGUUACCGCAUGCGUGAGCAAGCAGGGAGCAGCUGGCAUGAGGGAGAAGAGUAUAAAGAGUGGUCGCAGCCCCUAGCACCCCAGCAGCACCAGCAACACCAGCAGCACUCCCAGCAGCAGCAGCAGCAGCAGCAGCAGCAGCAGAGGCGUGGGCAGAUUCAAGCAGGGGUCAGGUCCGGGCGAGAUAGAGGUCCGGGGAGGGCAGGCUUGGGACGAUCCCCUGGCAGGGCUGCUGCUUCUAGAGGGGGUUUUGUGAGCGAUGCAUAUGGGUACGGGGGUGGGUGUGUUUCUCAGGAUUCGCUGCAGCGAGCAGCAACGAUGAACAGCUCGGGGUAUGAGAGCCAGAGGAGGCACCUGGAUGUUACCAACUGGUUACCACAGCCAGCACUGGCCCCUCCCUCCUCUUUUGAUCGGCCGUCGCAGUUCUAAAUGGGGCUGUUUUGAGGGGGAGAUAGGGGUAUGGGGCGUUUCAGAUGUUUCUCAGGUGUCCUUGCAGCAGCUUGGGACGAGAUUCAGAAUGCAGUUAAAUGUUACCAACUGGUUACCAUAGCUGGCACUGCCUCCUCCCUUGUUAGAUCAGCCGUCGCAGUAGGGGUGCUGUUUUACCGGUAAAAAUGAGUGAAUUGUUUGCAUUUGCGAUGCCUUAGAUCUUGUUUUUGCUGGCUGUGUGUAGGUGUGGUAUUUAUGGUCGUCUCUGACUUCUUGUUAGAUGGAAUUGUACCCGAUGCGCUCGGUAGGUACUAGGCUGAUGUUCUGUUUGUUUUGUAGAUAGGAACCUUGUUAUGUGCAUGAAUAGAGUAUCAUUGGAGUGGUAU